UUGCAGACAACAACAUACCCCAGCACAUACUGCUACAAGUUGAAUUCUGAGGGCGCAAAAUAUGGGAGGAAACUGCUGGAGAAAAACACUCUCAGGACACUUACAAGCUUCCCUUUAAAGGAUCAUAUGAAGGAUUUAAACUCGCGCGACACCGAAAUAUUGCCCCGCCAUCUGGAAAAAAAAGAGUAACCGUUAAACUGGAUUGUGCUGGAGCCAGAAAGGACGGCUCGUCCCUGAUACGCUGCUAGCAGUUGGGGUCUACCGAGGGGAGGAAAAAUGAGGUUCGCUCAGUUUCUGUUGAAAAACGGCCCGCUAGCUGGGAUACCGAAACAAGUGGAAAGGUUUUCCAAGUUUUCUCCUUCCCCCUUAUCCAUGAAGCAGUUUAUUGACUUCGGGUCUGCCAAUGCAUGUGAGAAGACGUCCUUUGUGUUCCUGCGACAGGAGCUUCCUGUCAGGCUGGCCAACAUCAUGAAGGAAAUUGAUUACCUCCCUGACAAGCUUCUUGGCACUCCAUCUGUAAAGCUCCUGACCAGCUGGUAUUCCCAGAGUUUGUUGGAACUGGUUGACUUUUUAGAAAAAGAUCCGGAUGAUAAGGACGUGUUAAAAAACUUCACAAAGACUCUGGUAAACAUCCGGAACCGGCACAACAACGUGGUGCCCACCAUGGCUCAGGGCGUGUUGGAGUUCAAGGAGGCGUUUGGUGUGGACCCUGUCACCAACCAGAACGUCCAAUACUUCCUGGACCGCUUCUACAUGAGCCGCAUCUCCACACGCAUGCUCAUGAACCAGCACACAUUAAUCUUUGAUGGCAGCGUAAAUCCAGCCCAUCCCAAACAUAUUGGCAGCAUUGACCCCAGCUGUGACGUGGUGGAGGUCGUAAAAGAUGCGUUUGAGACCUCAAAAAUGCUGUGUGAGCAGUAUUACCUCACCUCUCCUGAUAUGGAGAUCAAGGAAGUCAACUCUAAAAGCCCCGGCCAGCCCAUCCACAUCGUCUAUGUUCCAUCACACCUCUACCACAUGCUGUUUGAGCUCUUCAAGAAUGCCAUGAGAGCCACUGUAGAGACCCAUGAGACAAGCCCGACGUUGCCCCCAAUUAAAGUCCGCGUCUCACUGGGCAUUGAGGAUCUCACCAUCAAGAUGUCAGACAAAGGUGGCGGGGUUCCCUUGAGGAAGAUCGAACGUCUCUUUAGCUACAUGUACACCACGGCUCCCAGCCCCGUCCAUGUAGACAUGUCUAGAAACGCUCCUCUGGCUGGCUUUGGCUAUGGACUGCCCAUUUCUCGGCUUUACGCUAAGUAUUUCCAGGGGGAUCUGCAGCUGUACUCUAUGGAGGGCUACGGCACAUCAGCUGUCAUAUAUUUGAAGGCCCUGUCCUCAGAGUCAGUGGAGAGACUUCCUGUUUUCAACAAGUCGGCCCUCAGGCACUACCAGUCCACCAUAGAGGCAGACGACUGGUGCAUGCCCAGCAAGGAGCCCAAGAAACUGGGCAAGUAUGAGAGGACCCAGUGAGAGCAGACCGAGGAGAAAACGGAAGAGACUCUGAAACUGUUUGAAUCAAAGUGUUAAAAAGAAAUUGGAGGUUCUCUGAGAGGAGAAGUGAUCAGAAUGUAGCUGAGCUGGAAUCUUUCUGUAAAAAGAACAGACCUUCUCUCAGAUAAGAGCGUUUGUGAAAAAGAAAUGAUAAAAAGCAGAAAACAUUUCAGACCAGCUUCUAAAAAAAACUCACAAGUCACAUAAAGGUUUGUUAGUGCUGCUAAUGGAAAACAAAAAGCUGAGCAUUAGUUUUAUUUCCUCUCAGUCAUCACAAGCAUUGAGAAUCCUCAUCUUUACAAAGUAACACUAAAAGUUUCCCCAUUGGGACUUUAACUGUCACCUGGUUCCUCUUUCCCAGACCACCUGCCCCACUAAUCAUCCAGACAUUUUUACUUCAGUGUUAUCUUUAAACAGAUCUCUGCGUGCAGAGCGAACGUCACUCCUUCACCAUUUCUCUCAUAUUUAUAAUUAAGAUGCAGGCGUGAAAACAGUGUUUCUCAGACUGAAGACUGACAAAUCUGCUACUAAAUGCAAGGAAAGGUGAUGGUGUCCAUGGCUUGGACAGGCCAGCUGAAACCAGCCAGCUUGGGAUCACUCAGGUUAAACGUCGAGCGCGGUAACACAAAGGGAGCAAAGUCUUUUUAUCACCCUCAUUGCUUAACUCACUCAACCUCUGCUACUCCAAAAUCACCUGCAAUGACAAAUGAGAAAUAUUUUACUUCAUUUUUAGUGAUUUACAAAAGUAAGAAAAAGAAACGAAAUCAUAUAUUUCUUAUCUGGGAAAGGUUGAUUUUAGUGAUUUUUAUUUGAAAUAUGUUCUUAUUGUAGGAUGGAACGUGUUCAGGCUGAAUUUUUGAAUUUGAAUGUAUUUUUAUUUUUUUUUAAGAUUUCCUAGAAAUCUGCCAAAAAAUUGUAGAUUCCCACAUUUUGCUGCUCUAUGUCCUCAGUGUUUUGUAAUGAUUCGUGUGUUCUGUCAUUCAGUUUUCCAGGAAUACAGAAGACAGGUCAGUUAAACCUUAUGUAAAUGUUCAGUUCUUUUGCUUUUUAUGCCAGCCACAAAUAAUAAAAAAAAAAAAAAAAGGUUAAA